GCGAAUAUGAAGAUUAUGAAAAUGAGCCUCCUCUGCUUGAAGAACUUGGUAUAAAUUUCUCACAUAUAAAGGAGAAAACAUUUGCCGUGCUCAACCCAGCCGGGACUGCGUCACCUGAAGUAAUAGCAGACCAAGAUCUUGCUGGUCCUCUCGUAUUUUGCUUACUUUUUGGUAGCUUCAUUUCAGCCGACAAAUCGAUCUCAUUUGUUUGCACCGCAUCUGUAUUAGGAUACUGUCUACUUCCAAUGGCUCUGCUCAGUUUGAUCACAGCUGUUCUUUCUUUCAAGGGACUUUUUGGUUACUCGGUGUCGGCAUUAGCUGUUAUGUGGUGCAGCUCUUCCUCAUCAAAACUUUUUGUCAUCGCUCUGAACAUGAAUCAUCAGCGCUUGCUGGUAGCAUAUCCUUGCGUCUUGCUGUACUCUGUCUUUGCACUACUUGCAAUCUUUUAGUU